GUAAACGGGUGGAUAACACUGAGGUGGUGUAUGCUCCACAGUCCAUACUCUAGCUACUGGUCAGAGCAUCAAGUGAGACGUGAAGGUGAGCUUUUUUUUUUUUUUUUUUUACUGCGCCUGCCUAGAUGUAUUUCUAUGACUUCCGAUAGAGCAAGGAAGCCAACGUUAUGCAGCAACGUUAGCAAGGGCUAGCAGUAGCCCAACGGAACAAGAUCAUACGACGGAUCAGACUGUUCCCUGAAAGUGCUGCAGAAUUGUCGGGGUUUUCAGUCCUUUCCUCAACCUGCAAAAAUGCCAGCUGCACUGGCAGAUACCAGUCAGAUUAUCUGUGAGGUCUGGGCAAGCAAUGUGGAUGAGGAAAUGAGGAAAAUCCGACAGAUAAUUCAAAGCUACAACUUCAUUGCCAUGGACACAGAAUUCCCCGGAGUGGUGGUUCGACCCAUUGGCGAGUUUCGCAGUACGGUAGAUUACCAGUACCAGCUCUUGAGGUGCAACGUGGACCUUCUGAAAAUCAUCCAACUGGGACUGUCAUUUAUGAACGAGGAUGGAGAAUAUCCCCCUGGAACGACGACAUGGCAGUUCAAUUUCAAAUUUAAUUUAACAGAGGAUAUGUACUCCCAGGACUCGAUAGACUUACUUCAGAACUCCGGCCUCCAAUUCAAAAAGCACGAGGAAGAGGGGAUUGACACACUCUACUUUGCUGAGCUCCUGAUGACAUCUGGUUUAGUGCUGUGUGAAAAUGUCAAGUGGCUCUCCUUUCACAGCGGGUACGAUUUUGGCUACCUGGUGAAGCUGUUAACAGACACUCGGCUACCUGAGGAGGAACAUGAGUUCUUCCAGAUCCUCAAUCUCUUCUUCCCUGCAAUCUAUGAUGUGAAAUAUCUGAUGAAGAGCUGCAAAAACUUGAAGGGAGGACUUCAGGAGGUGGCUGACCAGCUGGAACUAAAGAGGAUCGGGAGACAACACCAGGCCGGGUCGGAUUCGCUGCUCACAGGGAUGGCCUUCUUUAGGAUGAAAGAGCUUUUCUUUGAAGACAACAUUGAUGACGCAAAGUAUUGUGGGCGAUUGUAUGGAUUGGGCUCUGGGUCCACUCAAAAUCAGAAUGGCAUCUCAAGCUCUUCCCAAGAGGAAACCAACAACAAGCACUGAUCGACUGAGGCCAUCAAGUGGAAGCCGCACUUGUUUUAACCCAUCCAGUAGAUGUUUAUUUUCUCCCCCCACUCCCAGAAAACAUGAGAAAUUUCUGUAUCUAGCAUCACCAGCUGCAAAAAGGACAUUGGUUACCAGACUCUCCUCUUGAACCCAUUUUGUUCUGUCAUAAUUGAUUUUACUGCGUAUUGUCACAUUCAUAUUCCCUAUUGUAUCACUAUUGAGCCUUUAUCACCCAGGACCAGUAUUCAGAAACCUUUGUUUAUCAGCAUUGCAGUAACAACUCUUUUAAAAGCAUGGGACCAGCUCUUGUAUUGUACUGCGAAUAAGAAGUUUAGCAUUUGAAAGUGCUCAACAAUUCUCUGCACUCCUGCUUUUCAAAACAAACCCAACUGUAGCUCAAGCCUUGGUAUCAAUCAGAAAACCAGUUCUUUGUUGGAUACAUGCUUGUAGGGAUCAUACCAUUUUUAAAGUAAAAUUUCACUGAAGCCGACAUGUUUUAGAUGGGUGCCAGGCUGGUCUGAGUAUAAAUGUGUUAGGGGCACACUGCAGUUCUGUGCAACAUUUGCUUUUAAUUUGUUCACUGCUCUGUUUAAAAACAGAUGGUUGCUAUUGUUUUUACAACAUGCAUUGUUUGAAACAGUUGUAUAUUAAAAAAAAUCUAUUUUCAA